UUUUGCUUUCUGAAACCUCUGGGGCCAGAAGAGGUGUUUCUUUUUUGCUCAGACUCACUUGGCAAGCAGAUCUGCACAGCUAAGAGCAACCAGGUCUUGUUCCAGCUCGGCCAGAGCAGGGUCCUUGGUGCAGGACCUAAGGGCAGAGCUGGAGGAGGAGAGGACCCAGCGCUCAAUGGCCAUGGCCGCUGGGAAGAAGCUGGAGAUGGACCUGAAGGACCUGCAGGCCCAGACCGACUCACCCAACAAGAACAAUGACGAAGACACUGAAGAGGUUCAGAAGCUGCAGGCCCAGAUGAAGGACUGCAUGAGGAAACUGCCGGGGGUGCGAACUCACCUUGAGGAGAUCCUGGCCCAGGCCAAGGAGAACCGGAAGAAGCUGAAGAGCAUGGAGGCCAAGACGAUUCAUCUGCAGGAGGUGAAAGCCAGCCUUGAGAAGGCCAAGCAGACUCUGGAGCAUGAGAGAGGGGAGCUGGCCAAAGAGGUGAAGGUCCUCCUGCAGGAAAAACGGGACUCAGAGCACAGGCAGCAGAAAGCAGAGGCCCAGCUGCAGGAGCUGCAGGUGAAGUUCAAGGAGGAAGAGCAAGUGCGCACACAGCUGCAGGCGGAGCUGGGCAGAGUGACGGGCCUUCUGAGGCAGUCUGACAAGAAGUGCAGCCAGCUCACCAAGGACGUCUCCACUGUGGAGUCCCAGCUGCAGGACACGCAGGAGCUGCUGCAGCAGCAGGACUGGCAGAAGCAGGGCCUGAGAACCAGGCUGCAGCAGGUGGAAGAGGAGAACAGGUCCCUGAAGGAGCAGCUGGAGCAGGAGGAGGAGGCCAAGCACAACCUGGAGAAGCAGGUUGCCACCCUGUUCACCCAGGUGAGUGACUUGAAGACGGAGAUGGAGCAUGGUGUGAGGUGCCUCGAGAUUGCCAAGGAGGACAAGAGCACACUGGAGAAGGACCUGGAGGGGCUGAGGCAGCGCUACAAGGAGAAGGUGGCCGCCUACGACAGGCUGGAGAAGGACAGGACGCGGCUGCAGCAGGAGCUGCACCACCAGCGGCAGAGACUGUCUGACCUGGAGAAGAAGCAAAUUAAGUUUGACCAGGUGACUGACAUGAAGAAGAAGAUGGAGGAUGGCGUGGGGUGUCUCGAGACUGUGGAGGAAGCCAAGAGGAAGAUCCAGAAGGACCUGGAGGGGCUGAGGCAGCGCUACGAGGAGAAGGUGACCGCCUAUGACAACCUGGAGAAGACCAAGAUGAGGCUGCAGCGGGAGCUGGACCACAAGGUCAUGGACCUUGAGGACCAGCGCCAGAGCAUCUCCAAGCUGGAGAAGAAGCAGAAGAGGUUUGACCAGCUCCUGGCCAAGGAGAAGACCAUCUCAGCCCAGUAUGCGGAGGAGCGGGACCGGGCUAAGGCAGAAGCCCGUGAGAGGGAGACCAAGGUGCUGUCACUGGCCCGGGCCCUGGAGGAGGCCGUGGAGCAGAAGGCAGAGCUGGAGCAGCUCAACAAGCAGUUCCGCAUGGAGAUGGAGGACCUCAGGAGCUCCAAGGACGACCUGGGCAAGAGUGUCCAUGAGCUGGAGAAGUCGAAGCGGGCCCUGGAGCAACAAGUCAAAGAGAUGAAGACCCAGCUCGAGGAACUGGAGGACCAGCUUCAGGCCACCGAGGAUGCCAAGCUUGGGCUGGAAGUGAACCUGCAGGCCAUGAGAGCCCAGUUCGAGCAGGACCUGCAGGGCCGGGAUGAGCAGAGUGAGGAGAAGAAGCAGCAGCUGGUCAGACAGGUGCGGGAGAUGGAGGCAGAGCUGGAGGAUGAGAGGAAGCAGCGCUCUAUGGCCGUGGCCGCUUGGAAGAAGCUGGAGAUGGACCUGAAGGACUUGGAGGCCCAGAUGGACACUGCCAACAAGGACCGCGACGAAGCCAUCAAACAACUACGGAAGCUGCAGGCCCAGAGAAAGGACUACAUGCAUGAGCUGGACAACACGCGUGCGUCCCGUGAGGAGAUCCUGGCUCAGGCCAAGGAGAACGAGAAGAAGCUGAAGAGCAUGGAGGAUGAGAUGAAUCAGCUACAGGAGGAACUGGCAGCUGCCGAGCGUGCCAAGGGUCAGUCCCAGCAGGAGCGGGAUGAGCUGGCUGAUGAGAUUGCCAACAGCAGCGGGAAAGGGGCACUGGCAUUGGAGGAGAAGCAGCGCCUAAAGGCCCGCAUCACCCAGCUGGAGGAGGAGCUGGAGGAGGCUCAGGGCAACACGGAGCUGGUGAUCGACAGGCUGAAGAAGGCCAACCUGCAGAUUGACCAGAUCAACACCGACCUGAACCUGGAGCGCAGCCACGCUCAGAAGAACGAGAACGCCAGGCAGCAGCUCGAGCGCCAGAACAAGGAGCUCAAGGCCAAGCUGCAGGAGAUGGAGGGCACUGUCAAGUCCAAGUACAAGGCCUCCAUCACUGCCCUGGAGGCCAAGAUUGCACAACUGGAAGAGCAGCUGGAGAAGGAGACCAAGGAGCGCCAGGCGGCGUGCAAGCAGGUGCUUCAGACUGAGAAGAGGCUGAAGGACACGUUGCUGCAGGUGGAGGACGAGCACAACAACGCAGAGCAGUUCAAGGACCAGGCUGACAAGGCAUCCACCCGCCUGAAGCAGCUCAAGCGGCAGCUGGAGAAGGCUGAGGAGGAGGCCCAGAGGGCCAACGCCUCCCGCAGGAAGCUGCAGCGCGAGCUGGAGGAUGCCACCGAGACCGCAGACGCCUUGAACCGGGAGAUCACGUUCUUGAAGAAUAAGCUCAGGUGUGCGGACCUGCCAUUGGCUGGUGAAAGCUCAGAUGAGGAGAUGGAUGGCAUUGUCAAGGGACGUGAGGCCAAAGCUGCCAAAUAACCUCUCCUGCUGCCCAAGAAGCACAGACUGACCAACCAACCAACAAAGGAUGACCUACAGAGGGAUGACUCUGCCUCCCCUUCCCAGCCCCCCACCCUCUUUGGACUGCUGUGAUCAAACUCUCAGCCCCUCCCACCAGGCCUGGGGACCUCAUGCCUGUGCUUCCUUCCCUGGUCCCCCAGGCCCUGUUGAGGGCCUUUGGCUUCACUGCUGCAGGCUCUCCUGCUCCCCUUCCCUGUACCCCAGAAUCCGUUACAAAAGAGUUGGGGUCCUUGGCCCUGGGCUCAGAAACUGGAGGCCUGCCGGACCUUCGGCCUUCUCUUGCCAAAAGCACAAGUUGGUGAGGCAAGAAGGAAGGCCACCGAGGUGGGCCAGAGAGUUUUCUACAAAUCUAUAUUUUAUUCACCCUCUGAUGUUUUGGGAGCCCAGCACCCCCGAAGAGUGGUCACCUCUUCGCCUCCACCACCAGCUCUUCCCCCACCCCCGUUUUUGCUGUUGGCAAUCACACGCGGUGACCUCACACCUUCUGCCCCAUCAGCCCCCUCCCAUGGGCUCUGGGUGGCCUGGCGAGGGCAGACCCAGGGGUGCCCCCUCUGUGCAGGGCACAGAAUGCCAGGCGUGGGCAGGGAGGCAGCUCCUCCCCAAUCACACUGGGCAGUGCCCCGUCCCCCUCCCGAUCCUAAGACGUCUCAAGUGCAAAGAUGACCCCAUCCCUCCUUUGCUGAGUGCGGCCAGCCCUGUCACCAGGGGGUCUUGGGCCGAGCAGACAGGGAGGGCCUAGGGGCCAAGCUGGAAAGGCCAGCAGUGUGUUCUCCCAACUCUCUUGGGGACAAAAUAUACGUAAUGGUUAAGGGAUGUGUUGUCAGGAUGGGCGGGGUAGGAUAAUUGGGAACCUAGUUACAAUUAUUGCGUUUGGAUUACAAAUAUGGCCACCGUUCGGACUACAAGGAAUAUGGCGACUGAAUUCUGACCCGGAAAAGGUGGAUGACGUCAGACCAAGAAAUACCAAUGAUAUGUUGCUUCUUUGUUCACCAAGAACCAAUUCUUGGCUCAUGCGUGAAGUCAAGCCAUAUAAAACUCCCACUGUUAUCCUUCUCCAGUUUGGACUUUCCUCCACCCUUCCUCUGCAGGGGCAGAGGAAAUCUUGCUCGCGAGCACAAACUUCCAAAAUA